AUGCCCGCCCUAUCCCUCCACCUCCUCCGCCUCGACCCAUCCAUAACCGCGAGCACAUUCCUCUCGGAGCUCAAAAAAGCCGCCAGCACCAAAGUCAUCGUUGCCUCGCGCCCCCGCCGCACCAUAAUCUCCCCUACGAUCCUCGACAGAUCCCCUCUCCUUUCCGAAAAUUGGGACAUCCUCCUCCUCUUACAACCGCCAAGCCCACGCGAGCCCCUCUUCCCGCCAACCCUCGCAUCACACAUCAAGGCGGAAUAUAAGAUCCACGUGGGGAUUCCGAGCAGACUGCUGAAUACAUAUCCAGAGCGUGAUGCAGCGCUAAAGCGGGAGAAGAAUGCGCAGAAUGUGCCCUUGACGGGGAGUCUAGACGGGCUGAAGGAGAAACAAGCAAAGAAUGACGGGCAGAACCUCGAAGUCAGCCCGGAGCUGUUCGCGUUCAUGGAGGAGUUUACGAAGGUGCAUGAUAAGCCGGUGACUAUGCUGAACUUGCUGCAUUUCCAUUUUCCCGGUGGGAAGGAGGAGUAUUAUAGAUAUGGACAGGGCUUCAACCCCGUUGCUGCCAAACGCGGGGGAAGCGCCAAGCUCGUUGGCAAUGUUAUCAGGCCUGCAGCUGGGCGUUCGGCAGCUGCGAACUCGGACUCGGGGUUCUCGGAUUCGAGGGGACGUGUGGAUCGGCCGGAGGAGGACUGGUGGAAUGAGAUCUCCAUCGUGCAUUAUCCGUCGAUUCGGCAUUUCUGUGAUAUGCUUUCUGGUGAGGAUUAUCAGGAGGUUAAUCGGAAGUAUAGACUUGGGGCCUUGAAGGACACGUUCUUGCUGUGUACCACGGAGUUUGAUUUAGAGGGAGAAUCGGCUAAGCUGUGA